UAGCAUUUCUCCAUCAUUUUGGUCUAGUUGCUAGCUUUACUCUCGCCAUGCCAUAGGGAACUCACAUUCUUCUACAUCGAGAACUCCCGUCUUUAUGCCUGAGUAGUCAGCGCUUGACCUCGUAGGCCUUAGUUAUCAUUUUUCGUGAAGCUCUUGCGUCGAGACUGCAAGCAGCCAUGCCUGGCACCGUGCGAAUCACAGUUUUGGAGGUCGUUGAUCUUCCCGGCCCAUCAGGGAAGAAAUAUGCUGUCCAAGUCGCUGUCGGUGCUCGAGCAUUUUCCACGGAUGAGCAAUCGUCGACGUCCUCAGGAGGAUCAGGAACGUCGUCUAUCAAGGCUUUCAACUCCGACUUCGCUUUUGCCGUGCUCAACCUCACCGAUCCUGUGGUCUUCACGCUCCUUGACGCCCGUGGAGUAGCUGUUGGCAAAGCCUCUCUGUCCGUACCUUCGGUAGUCGAAAAGGGAAUUCGCGAUGACAUGCUUCCGUGGAGCAACGGAGGCCAGGUUCACGUCAAGUCCAGCUUCAUGCUCAGUGACGAGGAGCGGGCCAAGAUUGCGGCAAUGCGUGCGAGGUCAAUGAGCAAGCAGCGCAAGGAUGGCAGCAGCAGCAGCGGCACUGUGACUCCCCUUGCCAGUGGCACCGUGACUCCCCGCACUGUCAGCGCAGUGCUGGCCUCUCCCGCCGCUGCAGCAGCAGAAUCGGAGGCCUCAACAGCUACCGAAAUGGCAGCAACCAGCACCACAGAGGCGACUACUGCUACCACUGCCUCCACAACGACGACGACCACCACCGUCACCACCAGCACAAUCGCAACCACAGAGACAGCUGCAAUCGAUCCUGUCACGUCAUAUACAGCAACCAGCGCUGCUGCAGCUGCUGCUUCCCUCAAGGAAGCUGUGGCUGUGGCGGCAGCGCCUGUUGAUAUGUCAAACGUGAUGACGGUGUUCGAUGGCAGCGAUGACGAGUCUGGCUUAUACCGAAUCGUCUCUUGAAGAGUCUGUUAGUGCUGCAGUUGCCCCAGCACCUGCCACUGCAGCUGCUGUCCCUGCUGCUCCCGUUCCUACUGCUGCCCCUGAUUCCGUCCCUCAAGCUGCAGCUGCAGCCUCCGCUGCUCCGCCUUCUCCUGCUGCUCCGGAGGUUCAGGAUGCUGAUUCGAUUGCACCAGCAGCGGUGGAGGUGGUUAAGGAGGCGCAGAAGGUUGUUCAGGUCGCAUCAACG